AUAACCUCGAUCCCAAAGAAGUAAGAGAGAAUCAAAACAGUAAAAAGAGAAGAGAAAUGUCUCGAUCGGGUGUAUGCCAAGAUACUGCUGGUGAAGGGAUGAAGAGUUCAUGGCCUGAACUGGUAGGGAGAAGAGGAGAUGAAGCAAAAGAGAUCAUCGAUAGAGAGAACACAAAAGUGACGGCUCGGAUCAUUUCUGAAAAGGCAGUGGUUUUGACUGUUGUGGUUUGUGAUAGGGUUUAUGUUCGUGUUAAUGACCACGGCAUUGUUACACGAACCCCUUCCGUUGGUUAAGUGUUGUUAUAUAUAUACGUGUGUGAAGCAAUAUUUAUGGAUCUUGAUGUUUAACGUAUGUGUGUAAUAAGAUAUGCUUGACUGUGAAUGUUGUAAUAAGGAACAAUUUGUAUGUUUAUACGAUAAUAAGUUUUACUAGAUUUUAA